UCGGGAAGAAGGAGGCUAAGAUGGCGGCUGCCUUGGCGGUUCGGGAAGUUUUCCUUCCUUCCAGACCGUUCUCGGCUUUCCUUGUUUUGGCUGAGCUGCUUUUGCUGGCUCACGGCCCAGCCUUUAACAUCGCUUCUCCCUUCUGUCACCACCGCAUCCCCAGUGCCAGGGAGGUUAUUUACAAAGUUUAUCUUAAAGAAAAUCGAGUUAUGAAAAGAAACAUUAAUGAACAGCUAAGAAUUAAGACUGUAUAUGACAGAAGUGUUGAGGAAUUGCUCCCUGAAAAAAAGCACCUUAUAAAGAACAAGCUUUUCCCACAAGCUAUUUCUUAUUUAGAGAAGGCAUUUCAAGUUCGGAAACCUAUGGGUACUAUCCUGUUAAGUAGACAGUGUGUAACAAAUCAGUAUUUAAGGAAGAAGGAUGAUCCUCACAGAUACUGUCGAGAAGCCUGUGCAGAAUAUACCAAGUGUGGUCCAGUUAUAGUACCUGAAGAACACUUGCAGCAAUGUAGGGUAUGUAAUAUAAAUGGAUGGAGUUGUCAACCUGUUGGUAAAGCAGACCAGGAAGGUGUUCGAGAUGCUGAUUUUGUACUGUAUGUUAGUGCUCUGACUACUGAAAGAUGUGGCCAAGAAAAUAUCAUCGCAUAUGCAGCAUAUUGUCAACUAGAAGCAGAUAUGGACAGACCAAUUGCAGGAUAUGCUAACCUGUGUCCAAAUAUGAUUUCAACCCAAGCACAGGAGUUCAUUGGCAUGUUGUCUACAGUGAAACAUGAAAUCAUUCAUGCUUUGGGUUUCUCCGCUGGACUUUUUGCAUUUUAUCGUGAUGAUGAUGGAAAUCCUUUGACUGCUAGAUACGCAAAUGGAUUGCCACCAUUUAAUGAAAGCCUUGGUGUCUAUCAGUGGAGUGAUAAAGUUAUACGUAAAGCAGUAAGAUUAUGGGAUGUGCGGAAUAAUAAGAUUUUGCAUCAUAAUAUAUUCCUUUUGGUAACUCCGAAGGUAGUUGAGGAGGCACAAAAACAUUUUGACUGUCCAAUUUUAGAAGGAAUGGAACUUGAAAAUCAAGGUGGCAUGGGCACAGAACUUAAUCAUUGGGAGAAACGGUUAUUGGAGAAUGAAGCAAUGACUGGAUCACAAACACAGAAUAGGGUCUUCUCCCGGAUUACUCUGGCAUUAAUGGAAGAUACUGGCUGGUAUAAAGCCAACUAUAGCAUGGCAGAAAAACUAGAGUGGGGCCGAGGAAAAGGCUGUGACUUUGUGAUGAAAAGCUGCAAGUUUUGGAUCAAUCAGAGACGGAGAAAAAAAGAACCAGUAGCCCCAUACUGUGACACUCUGAGGAGUAAUCCAUUACAGUUAACCUGCAGGCAGGACCAAAGAGCAGUAGCGGUGUGCAAUUUACAGAAAUUCCCUCAACAGUUGCCUCAGGAAUAUCAGUACUUUGAUAGUCUGUAUGGCGUGUUGCCAGAAGAUUUGCCUUAUUAUGGUGGGUCAGUUGAAAUUGCUGACUACUGUCCUUUUAGUCAGGAAUUUAGUUGGCAUUUAAGCGGUGAAUUUCAGCGCAGUUCAGAUUGUCGGAUACUGGAAAAUCAACCAGAUCCUUUCAGAAACUAUGGUGCAGAGAAAUAUGGGCCAAAUUCCAUUUGCCUCAUUCAGAAGUCAGCUUUUGUUAUGGAACAGUGCAGAAAGAAACUGAGCUAUCCUGAUUGGGGUAGUGGGUGUUAUCAGGUUUCUUGCUCUCCCCGUGGGCUGACUGUUUGGGUCAAGGACAUGGCAUAUUUGUGUAGUCACUCAGGUCAAAUUCUCACAGUGAAUAUUCAGAUGAAUGGAUGGGUACAUAUUGGGAAUCUAAUUUGCCCAGCAUGCUUGGAUUUCUGUGAUUUCUGUCCACCUGAGCAAGAUCCCCCUCUGGUUGCUAAUUUAACAAGAGUUGCACCUAUUGAUUUGUGUUCUUGUUCUCCCAGCAUGGUAAUAACCCUAUGGCUAUUGAUGGCGAACCUGCUUCCACUACUAGCUGGAUUUCUUCUAUGUGCAUGGAGUUAAAAUGUGCAUGUUGUUUGUCAAAGGCCCCCUG